CUUCGCCCUACUGAUUUCAGACGCAUAGGAUCGCAGGAUGGCUUCAUCUUGUCUCGAUGAAGUCCCUAGCGUGCGCAUGAGGUCACGACAGGACAGCCUGGACGACGGCCUCCACGUGAGUGUCGUCGUCCAUGGUCCACAGACUGGAAUUUCAUCGGAGUAAUAUCCUCGUCGAAUGCAGCCCCACCUGAAAUCUCCCAUCAGUUUCAAGAGAUUGCGCGGACGGACGAAGGAUGGAAGUGGAUGGCGACAUCAAUGCGGUGACAGUCCUUGUGGACGAAUUGCGCCAUGAAGACCCCAAGCUCCGCCUUCAAGCGAUCAAGAAAGUGCAAGUGAUUGCGUCCGCCUUGGGACCCCAACGAACAAGGGAGGAGCUUCUUCCUUUUCUCAAUGAAACGAUGGACGACGACGACGAAAUUCUCUUAGCGCUUGCCCAAGAACUCGGUGAAUUCGUCGACCUUGUGGGCGGCGCACUGAAUGCGUAUCACUUACUUUUUUUGCUUGAAUCCCUCGUUGCUGUGGACGAAGCUUCCGUUCGUGACACGGCAUGCAAGUCCAUGUGCAAGGUCGUUCGGCAAAUGACCCCCGAGCAUAUCUCGGAGCACUUCGUUGCAGUCGUGCGCCGACUCGUCACUCGCGAAUGGUACACAUCCCGCAUUGCCGCCAGCGGGCUCUUCCAAGUUUGCUACGACCAGCUGAACCCCGCUACUCAAGCCGAGAUGCGUUCCAUGUUCAUACAGCUGUGUCGAGACGACCUGCCGUUAGUCCGUAAAGCCGCCGCAGCGGCGCUCGGUGGGUUCGCUUCCAUGAUGGACCCAGCGUCCGCGACGGCCGAGAUUUUUCCAGACUUUCUCACGCUCGCCAACGAUCGACAGGACUCUGUUCGCUGUCAGACUGUAGAAAAUGCCGUUGCGCUCGCUGGAUUGGUCCCUGUCGACGUCAAGCUCAACCAGGUGCUUCCUGUCAUAGUCGCCGCCGCCAAGGACUCCGCAUGGCGUGUGCGGUGGUCUGUCGGCAACAAACUGCCAGAGAUUUGUGCGGCUAUGGGUGCCGAACUCGCCACAUCCGUGAUUUGCGAUCAGUGCUUUAUUCCCCUCUUGGGUGACUCGGAGGCAGAGGUCAAGACGGUUGCUGCGUCAAGAGCUCACGGCGCCGCGCAGCAUAUCAGUCCAGCCCAGUUGAUCUCGAAAGUCGUGCCUGCAUGCGCUCACUUGGCCCGCGACCCGUCCGAACACGUUCGCGCGUCGCUCGCAUCUGUCGUGAUGAAGAUUGCUCCCUAUUUGGGACGCGAGUUGGCUGUCCAGCACUUGUUGCCGCUCUUUCUUCAACUACUCUCGGACGAAAGCUCGGAAGUGCGCCUCAACAUCAUCUCGAACUUGGAAAAGGUCAACGAUGUGGUGGGCAUCGACCAGCUGUCCCAGUCUCUCUUGCCCGCCAUCGUCCAGCUUGCCGAAGACCGGCAGUGGCGCGUUCGUUUGGCCAUCAUUGAGUUCAUCCCGACGUUGGCUUCACAGCUCGGUGUGCUCUACUUUGAAGAACAUCUCAUGGAAAUGUGCAUGGGGUGGCUGUGCGACGUGGUCUUUUCGAUCCGCGAAGCUGCCACACUCAACCUCCAGCGCCUUGCGCAGCAUUUUGGCGUGGCUUGGACACAAAACCAUAUCGUUCCUCGCAUUGUGUCAAUGCACGUGAACGCUAACUACCUCUACCGCAUGAUCUCGCUCCAUGCAGCCAAGGUGUUGGCGCCACUCUUGACGAGUGACCAAAUCCAGCAAUCGAUUCUCCCGCUUGUGCUGCAACUCGCAUCGGACCCGGUGCCCAACAUUCGAUUUAACGUCGCCAAAGCCCUAGAGACAAUGUCAGGACAGCUAGACAGUGCCGCCAAGGAAGCGCACGUUGUUCCAGCACUCCACACGCUCACGAAUGACCCGGACGGCGACGUCCAGUACUUUGCUGGCCGCGCGCUCCACCUCCUCCAGCAGCACUAAUGAUGUUUGCCCGCGCACAGUCAGUCGAUUGUGUUGAGGAAUAGAUAACGUUGACAUAAGUAUGCAGAAUGGAUGAAUAAAUGAUCAUUUAUUAAUCAGCACAAUUUUAACAACGUAUUGUCCUCGAGACAAGGUAUAUAAAUGAUAAAUGAAUCGAACAAAUAAGAAAUAGAUAAUGAUGUGCACAUAAAUAAGGACUUGUCGAAUCACGAACGGUGGGGUGUCGCCGGUGCUCCAGCAGACGAACAAGAUGAAGACGUGGGGGUGCAAGACGACGGAACGGACGAGACAAAAAUGGAGCGGGCCAUGCAGAAUGGGGUAGACGAGGACGAGGCAAACGAGCAUGGCGCUCCAAGGGUUCGGGCAGUUGACCCGAAUGCUGUGAAUGUAAAGCGAUUGGUUUCAUUGUGAACGCCGGUGAACUGCACGACAGAUGAUGCUGAUCGUGCAGUUGCAUCGUCGGCUUCCAUGUUCAAGCGUAUACGCUUUUCAACGCGGGGGCUAUCGCCUAGACAAGCUUCAGACAUCGAGCGAAGUUAGUAGCCGCCAGCAUACCGUUUGAGUCUAAGGUGUCCCUGCGCUUGCGCUCCACUGGAGCCGUCAGACACGACGAAUGCAAGUCGAAAAUGGAGUCGCAUGGGCCGUGUCCCGGGCUGCUUUCGUGGUCGAUGGAGAUGCAAAGGUUGGAUGGCACGUCCCAAUCGUGGACAGACCCAGUUGGUGACGCCGUUGUCGCACUGUCAGGUCCCAAACGCGCAUGAGCGUGAAACAUGAUAGACGAGGAGUCCAGUUCAUCUUCGAGGAACGUAUUGAGGCCACGCGCCAUCGCAUUCCGAGGGGUCAAGACUGAGAUUCCGUCCAUGAUGGUGGUGUAGUCUGCUUCGGGCGGAAAAAACCGAGCUGGAAUUUGCUUUACACAUUGAAACUGACAGUUUACUUGAUGUUUGUAUGGUAUUCAGUUUGGCGUCAAAUCACCGUAAGUACCUGUAAAAAGCUAUGUUGGCGCUCGGGCAAGGUACGCUGCUCGUCCCGCCAGAUCACGAGUGCAGCCACAUUUAAAUGAUGCGUAG